GGGAAACUACUCACUUAUACUAGCCAAUUUCAUUAUUCAAAGACAAACAUGUUUAGUUCAAAAGAAUACCUGGAUAGGAAAACAGGUCCUUAUGGAAUAGGCCGUUUAAGUUAUCUGCAAUCGCUAGUCACAGAAUUUCAAGAUACUACUGAUGAAGGUAAUAUAAUAAUUUAACAAUAUAAGUAUAGUAUAGUAAUAGAACAGUAAUACAUUUAAUAAAAAUAUAAGGAAUAGUAAUGCCCUCAUUAUAUAACUUAACACAGUGGAUUUAAAUUUAAAAUUGGUUAUUAAUUAUUGACCGAGUACCUUUGACUUUUAUUUAUAUAUUAGAAUAAAUGACCCGAUGUUAUCGGGUUAAUAAUGGUAGGUUCUUUGCGAUCAUUUCUAACUGCUAUUGCAAAAACUCGUCCCAAUUCAUAACUUUUAAAAUGUAAUGAUAUUUACGUUUCUAACGUUGAACAUCAUUAAGUUUUGAGAAGUGUUUAAGUUUAUCUGCUAAAUAUGAUGAUAGGGGUACCAUACACCCUUUCGGGGUACCCUACACCCUUUCACGCUUCUAAACUACUUUUCCCCCUUCUAAACUACUUUUCCCCCUCUAAACAUGACCUUAAAUUACCCAGUCUAAAAUAUCACUAAUUAUAUCACUUUUGUCACUAAAGAAGUUAAUUGAGGGACAAUUACUACGCUAGAGAAAUACUUUAGAUUUACCCCUUUUCGUGCCCUUGAAUUACAUCUUUUUUCUCUCAAAAUUUUUAAAAAGCCUAAUCUUAAAUUUACAACAAAAACUCUAUAUAUGAUAUAAAUAUAUUUUGUAUUACAAGAAUUCAAUAUAUAUUGAUAUCUUCAUCAAAAAUUUAAACACAUUUUGCCUUUUUAUAAAAUUAUACAUUAUCAGAAAAUCGUAAAACAAAGAAUUCUUUAAUGUAAGAAGAAUAUCACAACUGUUUUUCACGCCUAUAUCAGAUUUAACUGUCUUUUAAAAAAAUGUAAUUGUUAAUCUCAUAAAAAUACACACCUCUUUAUUUUUUGCAAAGUAACAACAAAAAUAUAUUAUCAUUUAAAAAAAAAAGAAAAUAUUAACCCAUCUUCAUUUGUCAAAAUUUAAAUUUCAAGUGUGUAAAAUGAUUUGGUUUUGAUAUUCAUGGAUAAACUUAUAUAAAUGUACCCAAGAUUUGUUAACGCCGUUGAUCUUCUCAAUUGGUUAACAUAAGUAUAUUUGUAAAAAGAGAGAGUAACAUCUCUUUUUUUCAGAUAUGUAAUACCAUAGCCAUAGGAGUUAACUAUGUUGUUAACGUGAAAAUGUAUACAUCCUAUUUUCUACCUUCGACAUGUAUUUACCCAAGAAAAUUAAUUAUUUAUCAAAAUCAUUCCUUUAUUUUGAGACGUAUUUUGUGCUGCUUUGAGCAAAAAUGAACAUACUCAUAUUUGUAAAAAGAGAAUGCAACAUCUCUUUUUUCACAAAUGUAAUACCAUAGGAUUUAAAUAUAUUGUCAUCCACUUAAAAAUGUACACAUCCUAUUUCCUACCUCCGAUAUGUAUGUACCCAAGAAGGUUAAUUAUUUAUCAAAUUUAUUCCUUUAUUUUGAGACGUAUCUUGUGCUGCCUGGGGCAAAGUGACCAACCUCUCCCCCACCCAGAUUUAAAUAAAUUUAGAAAAUCUUCCACCGGAUUGUAGUCCCUUCCAUACCCAAACUAACACAUUUUGCACUUCGUAUGGCUCGUUCUUAUUUGUAUGAGGUAUAAGUGGAUUAGUGAAUGCUAUUUAGCUUUGGAGUUGCUCUGCACUGAUUGACUUUAAUGGCAUUUUCUUAUUAUAAUUAUAUUUAAAUGUUAGUUUUUAUUACGUUAUAAAUUUAAUAAAAGUAUAUUUUUGGAAUAAAAAAAGGCAAAACUUUUUAAAUGUAAAAAUAAACAAAGCAAAAAUAUGUGUGUGUUUUAUUAACAACUUUAAAAGCAAUCAAUUGUAUUUAUUAAUUUUACUUUUAGAAGGGAAAAUACAUUAUCAGUUUUGUCACAUGCGGUUUUUGAAUUUAAAGAAACCUAAGAGUUAUUGUGAAAUAGGCUAUUUGCUGAUUAUUUAGAACAAAUUAAUUUUAAUUUUAUUUCGCAAUAUUGACAACGCACUUAAAGACGCACUAAAAACGAGUGAUGCUUGGGUUUUCCCGAUAAAUGUGAUUAUGGUGUAAUUCUUGGAUCAUGAUAUUUAUAUUUUUUUUUAUUUUUUCAUAACCUUCAAACUAGAGACCGACCGAAUUUCUGUUUCGGCGCCGAAAGUGGCUAUUUUAUCACUUUCGGCCAAGUUUCGGUUUCGGCGGAAACUGAAAAGUUAACUUUCAGCUUAAUUUCGGUUUCGGCCGAAAGAGAAAAGUUAACUUUCGGUUUUUCUUCUGUUUCGGCCCAAAUUUACUUAGACUUUCGGCCAUCUGGCCGAAAGUGACUCAGGUUUUUGUUCAAUUAAUACUCAGCGAAAGCGAUAUUUAACAACAAACUUAGCGACAUUUAAAAACAAAUUAAGCGAUCUUUGAGAACAACCUAAAUGAUAUUUAACAACUAACUAAAUGACAUUUAUGAACAAACUAAACGAUUUUUAAAACAAACUAAACGAUCUUUAAGAACUAUCUAAGCGAUCUUAAAGAACAAACUAAACGAUUUUUAAGACCAAACUAAAUGAUCUUUAAGAACAAAACUAAAUGAUUUAUAAGAAUAAACUAAGCGAUCUUUAACAGAAAACUAAAUGUUCUUUUGGAACAAACUAAAAGAUCAUUAAGAACAAACUAAUCGAUCUUAAGGAACAAAAUCAAUUAUCUUUAAGAACCAACUAAGCGAUCUUUAUGAAAAAACUAAGCAAUCUUUAACAACAAACUAAGCGAUCUUUAUGAACAAGCUAAACGAUCUUUAAGAACAAAUAAAGCGAUCAUUAACAAAAACUGGACGAUCUUUAACAAAAAACUAAGCGAUCUUUAAGAACAAACUAAAUGAUCUUUAACAACAAACUAAGUGAUCUUUAACAACAAAAUAAACGAUCUUUGACAACAAACUAAGCAAUCUUUAAGAACAAACUAAACGAUCUUUAACAACAAACUAAACCGAUCAAUAACAACCAACUAAACGAUCUUUAAAAACAAAUUAAGCGAUCUUUUAGAACCACAGUUUUUAGAGACCCGAUUUAAAAAAAUAAUAUUUUGCAUUAAUUCCCCCCCCCUCCACCCCAAUUUUUGCCAAAUUUUCUCCUACCAUUCCAAUUUAAAAAAAUUAUAAAGCAAUUUAAAUUAAUUUUAUAUUAAAAUGGUAAAAUCCAAAGUAUUCAUUAGAUUAAUGGUCUCAAACUCAAAUAAUCAAAGGUUUUAAAUUACUUUUAUAUUAAAAUGGUAAAAUCCAAAGUAUUCAUUAGAUUAAUGGUCUCAAACUCAAAUCAUCAAAGGGGGGAGGGGGGUGCAGGAGGUAGUGUCUGAAUGAGAGUGGGCCGCAUCAAGUAACCCACGAAAAAGCGAUUACAACUGUUACAAUUUGCUCAACCUUUAUAAAUAACACUAAAAUCAUUAAGGGUUCUCAAGAACUAGGAUUCACUGUUGCAUACAAAAAUAUAAAGAAAUAUUUUUUAAAAAAUCAGAAUUAGACUAGUCGGUGAGAUUCGACUGAAACCAUUGCGGAUAGUCACGUUAUAUAUACGAGAAUGGGGGAAACGGGCCGGCGCAUUUACACUAAACUUAUCUGUCAUGUAGCGGGCCGCAAAAUGGGUCACAAAUGGCUCGCGGGCCGCGAGUUUGAGACCCCUAUAUCAGAUGUUUAUUUAUUAAUAUUCACAAUUAUCUCAUUUUUAUAUAAAGAAUGUAAAUAUUUAUACUUUCCCACAUCAUUUUCGAUGCAUGCAGAAUGUAUGCGGGAACGAAUUUCAAAAUAUCUUAACAUUUCAUUUUCGGCUUCGGUUUUGGCCGAAAUUCAUUUUUAACUUUCGGCCUUUUUCGGUUUCGGCCGAAAGUCAUUUUUAAACUUUCGGCCUUUUUUCGGUUUCGGCCGAAAGUCAUUUUAAACUUUCGGCCUAUUUUCGACUUUGGCCGAAAUCAAAAAAUCACUUUCGGUCCGUCUCUACUUCAAACACAUAUAAAAUGCUUAAAAUAGUUCCUCAGUUGAUACUUUAAAUGUACCGGUAUUUGUAAUUUAUAAUUAAGGUAAUAAUAUAACUUUAACUUUUAAUAAAAUAAAAGCGGAUUUAAAAUAUUUUUGCGCAUUUAAAUUUAUUCAAUUUCUGUAAAAUAAAAGAAAAUAACUAUGAUUGUUUUUAGGGAUCCCAAUGUACUUAAAUCGUAUAGGCUCUUUGGCGUUAUGUCAGUGUAGCUCAUUCUUAUAUAUAUAAUAUUGUGCUUGUGUCCACGCUAUUUUAGCUUGCUCACAGCACUCUAAUGUCCUAAAAUCUAUUUAAAGAAAAACAUGUCUCGUUUUAACUCGAAUUCACAUACAAAGUGACCGGGCCAUAACUUCAGAAAUUUCAUAUAUUUAUUGGCACAUGAAUUUCUUUUCAAAGUACCUGAUUCUGAUAAAGAGUAUAAUUACAAUGAAAAUAAAUAUUUAAUUAUUGUGCAACACUGGCAACACAAUCACAAAUCCACUAAAUUAAAAAAAAAAAACUUGCUAGACUUCAACACCACAUUCCUCUCUAACCCAAAACUUACAAUUAAAAGAGAUUUAAAAAGCAGUGUUUUAACCUUCUGGCAGUGGCCUCUGAUGAGAUUGAUACAAGCUAACCGUUAUUCUUUGCACACAUUAAUGAGAGAAGACAUUGAGCUCUACUUGUCAGUAGCUUAAUGUUUUCCAUUUCUUUAUAGGCCAAGACAGUUAAGUUUGUAAAUUUUGGCUGUUCUAUUCAAAUUGAUUCACGCCUUUGCACGUGACUUUUUAAAAGUUCGUCAGUUGUAUUAUUUUAUUGCUCUGGUAAGUUGCUUUUUUCAUAUUUGUAUAUAUACUGAUACAUUAAUUAUUAAUUUUUAAUUAAUGCCAGCGUUUUUAAAUAGUAGACUAAUUACCAUUGAUACAUUGCACAAAAACAAGAUGUGUAUCGGCAUCCUUCCGUCUCGUGAGACGAUGGUGCAUCACCGUUGGGUUGGGUUGCAUUUUCUCGAGUGGCUGUGCAGUCCUAUCCUUGAGUGACAGUCUUUACCACAGUUUUUACACACGAGUUCCGUGCUUCUAAAUGUUUUGGCCUUUCUUCUAGCUCUUCUGUCUGCAGCCUCUUCCAUUCUUCGCUCCUCGGCUACCAAUGACGCCCUCUUUGACAACUGUGCGCCACGUAGAUCGGUCUUUUGCCUUACACUCCCAGUCACUUGUAUGUAUUUUGGCUGCUUUCAUGUCCCUUUGACAGACAUCUUUAAAUCGCAGACGUGGGCGACCUGUUUUCCUCUUUCCCGAAGCAAGUUCACCAUAUAGGAGGUCUUUCGGAAUGCGGCCGGGACUCAUUCUUUUAACAUGACCUAGCCAUCUCAGGCGUCUUUCACUAAGGAUUGUGAACGAUAUCGCACUUUUUCUUGCCAUUUAAUACCAAGGAUGCGACGCAGGCAUCUCAUAUGGAAGCUAUUAAGCUUGCGCUCUUGGGAUGUAUAGGUGGUCCAUGUCUCGCUCCCGUAUAGUAGUAUACUGAUGACACAAGCUCGAUAGACGCACAGUUUGGUUUUCUCCGUUAGUCAAUCAUUAAUAAAUAUCAAUUUUGAAACACCAGUCUCGUUAAGAAAAAAAUGCACUCGCCGGAAGGUUAAAUAUAAAAUUUAUUAACUUACUACUUUUUAAAGAUAAUCCCAAACACUGUUGCAAGGAAGAUUGUUGUAAAACCCCUCAUUAACAUAAAUCAGAUUUGCAAUUCAAAUUUAUUGACCCCAUUCAUCACAUUUAUGUACAGGCGGAUUUCACUUGAGUUAAUGGGGGGGGGGGGGCUAUUUACAGUGGUUUAAGAGAGUGGGGUGAGGAAGGUGCUGUCUGCCCUGGUCUUCAUUUUUCUAUAUAAUGAGGGGCAGCAUUUUCUGCCAACUAUAGUGAUUUUUUCUUGGAAGGGGGUGGCAAAAAUGUUGUUGACCACCUUUUAAAUAUUUUACAAAAUUUACAAAAAUGUUACAAAUUUGCAUCUGAACUGACUGACAGUAUGAAAACUUCAUUCACAAUAUAAUUAAAUAAUAUUUAAUGUUUUAUAUGUUUAAUUAAAAAAUGUGCAACCUUCUGCUGGAACACCAGGCAUUAAGUUUAGAUCCACUGAGCUAGCUAACCUAGCACUUAAUCAUUGCCUAAAAGAACUGAUAAUACCACAUGUAAGUUAAAAGACAAAAAUAAUUAAUUAAACAUAUUAACUUUUAGAAAAAAUAAUUUUAUUUUAAUGUUAUAAAGCUAUAAAAUUAACAAUUAAUUGUAAAACUAAUAUGCUGCAUCGGGAAAUGAUGUCAGCGGGCCAUUAAUGCCCUCCCCAACGCACCUCCACACAGUCCAGACACCAGGUCUCCCUGAUGCUGGACCAUGCGGCAGCACGCCAGGGACCUUCCCCGGCCUGGACCACCCGCUCAAUCGGAUUAGCAGAUGGAGGUCCUCCCACCCGGGGACAUUCGGACGGCUGAAGAUGCUGCGUUUAAAGGGUCCACAGCCGACUCUCCCAUUGAGUCGGGAUGGUACAUUUACGUCCUAAUAUCUUCCCCCAACCAUCUCGGGGAAGCGUCGCACCCUUUUAGAGGGUUGCUACAGUGGGUUUCCACCCUGCAACUAGUUUUCGAAGUAACUGGAACAAAACGGUUGCCUAGGAGUAGCUUUCUCAGGGAUGCGUAUUUAGAAUCAUCGGCUGAAAGAUAAUCUAAAAUCAUAUUGUAUGAUUAAUGUAUUUUUUUUCUUCAAAGAUGCUAAAGAACAAGUGCUUGCAAACUUAGCUAACUUUGCCUAUGAUCCCAUAAAUUAUGAAUUCUUCAAAAAAUUGAAUGUGGUGGAUCUCUUUCUUGGUAAGUUAAUUAUGAUUAUUAAUAAUUGUUGUUCAGGCUUUGCAACAUGUACAAAAAUAAAUAUUUUGAAUUUAAAAUGCUCAGACAUUUGUUACUACCAUUAGUCGAUAAUAAAUUAAUCUAUUAAAUAUGCUAUGACAGAAGGUUCAUAUUUAAAUCUUACCAAUAUAAUGAAUUUUUCAUUUAGAACUAAACCCGAACCUCUGCAUUGAGCUGGACACAUUCAGUAUAUGCAUAUGCAAUAGUUCUAGAACAUAACAUUAACAUUCAUUCCAGAAAAGAUUCAAAACUGGGAUAGCUGGAAACAGCACUUUGACUCACAAAUUACUUUGCCUUGCUACAACAGCCAAGGCAAUAUGGAGUAAGAAACCACUGAUUAUGUUUCAUGUAUUGUUAUUGAAUUGGUAAUUCAAAUAGUUUUUAUUUUUGGUAAUUAAUUAUGGAGAGAAAGUGUGAAUAGUUAUUCUUAUACUUAUAACUGGGUGAAAAAAAAUAUCAUUGAAGUUAUAUACAAUUUAUCUGUAAAAAAAAGAACUUGUUAGAAGUCUGUUCCUGUGUUCUGUAAAUGCAGAUCCACAUAGUGCCAUCUCAUAUUCACUAAAUCAGCGUACCCAUACACUAAACCAGGGUUCACCAAACUUUUUUCACAGUGGGCUGUAUAACUGACAAAAUGACAAGUGCGGGUUGUAUAAUAAUUCUGUACAAUUCUUGCAAGCCAGAACGAAAGCUCUGGGAAAAAAGACGAAAAACUAAGUUAAGCAUUCCAUGUUAAUCAUGGGUGAGUGGCGUGUAGUGCAGUGCAUAAAAAGCAAAUACAACAGACGUAUUUAUUUACUAAAACAGUGAUCAAAGAAGGCAAUGUUAGCAAAAAGAUAGUUACAUCAGACCUAGUGUAUACAUAUCAGAAUCUCACAAACUAAGCAGCAAAAAAUGUUAGUGAGAUUAGUGAAACUGACAUUUGGCUUUCAAGGUAUCAGCAAUGUUUGGUUUAGAAUUGCUGCAUCCAAUCAAGAGAAUUGCUUUCAAAUCUUCAUCAGUCAAUCUUGUUUGAUGUGUUGAAUUCACAUACUUCAUUUUUGAAAAUGUUUGCUGACAGACAACUGAUGCCAUACAAGCAGCAAAUUUCUUCAGUUUCAGAAACUGAACAUCAGGUGUGCAGCUGUAAAUUUCAACAAGUUUAUCUUCUCUGUGCUUCUCUUUCAACUCAAAUCAAUGAGCUCCAACUGUAGUUCAACUGGCACAUCAAGGUAACACUCAAACGGAUUCUGGAACAGAAGAAAGUCACUUGCAAUUCUGUCAAAUCUGAAAAUCUCUUCAAAGAAAUACGAUUUGUUGGGGACCAAAUAUUACGUGUGCCCUGAGAGUAGAAGGGGGUGGUGUUGAUUUGGGAGAUUUUGUGUACGAGUGUGCAGGGGAGGGGGGUCUAAAUAUUUAAGUCAAUAAAAUAAACAUCACCACAUUUUGUUAUGAUAGUGAUGAUAGUGAACUUGUUGCUUUGUGUGUUUUCAUAAUUAACUUGCUAGACACAGCAACUGUAAUAUUAGCAUAGUGGCCUUAGCGAUAAUUUUAGUCAAUCCUCCCCUUUGUUUUCUUCGUUGUAUAACACAGUUUUGUGACAUAAUUAUUUCGUUGGGCCAACCGCAGUGCGUACGGUUUUUAGUAUGUUUCCAAGACUCCCCUUCAUUUCCCCCAUUUAUAGUUUGUGGUAGUUAACAGACUAUAAUAUAUUAGCGGGAAGAGUCUUCAUGGAUAUUGAUUCUUCUUUUUUUUAAAACCAGCUUUUCCUAAAAAAUAAAUCUCAAGUUACCUGGUAUGUUUUUUAAUUGAUUUCAUCAAUUGUUAAUUAAUUCUUAUUUAAAUACAACUUGUUUUAUGCUGAUCUAACUUCAAGUUUGAACCGCAUUAAAUUUCAACAGUAACUUUAUUUAUAGCAGUGACAGACUGUGAUAAUGUGAUCUUCUUUUAUAUAUUAAGGGCCCACGAUCAAUUUAUGCAUGUAGAGGGGCCUGGUGUUGAUGAGGAUAUUUCACUGGUUGCAAUGACUACUUAGUCAGGGUAUCAUGCACUGGGGAUUGGAAGGCCUGAGGCAAAAGACACAAAUAUGUCAAGUGUUGUCCCCUCAACUCAGCGGUUCUCAACCUUUCUAAUGCCGCGACCCUUUAAUACAGUUCCUCAUGUUGUGGCGACCCCCAAACACAAAAUUAUUUUCGUUGAUACUUCAUAACUGUAGAGUAUAUGUAUUUUCAGAUGGUCUUAGGCGACCCCUGUGAAAGGGUCGUGCGACCCCCAAAGGGGUCGCGACCCACAGGUUGAGAACCGCUGCCUCAACUGUUUCUUUUGGAAGCUUGUGCCAGUCCCUGAUUGUCUUUGGCAGGAAUGAGCAGUUCCUACACUGGCUUCUCGCUGGUAUGAGCCGGAACUGCCUGUUAUGAUCUGUACGUCCACUCAAUAUAAAUUAAUAUUUAUAGCAAAUGCACAUAUGCAAAACAAAGUGACAGCAGAUUGCAAUAUAAACGUCCGUCAUCUACUUUUAGAAGUUAAAUUUUGUUACGCCAGCUUAACUGCGAUCCCUCUAGGCACUGCGAUGCGAAUAGGUAUUAGAUUCAUUAUUUAUACUGUAUGUUUAUUUAUUUACUAUUAGGAUACUAAGAUGUACGAUUAUGAGACGAUGUUCAAUUUUAGGAGUUUGAGAGUAAACAGGUCUGCAAUACACAAGAAAAUCUGGAUACAAUAAUUUAAAAUUGAAAAUGGUAAAUUUAAGACGCACAGCAGCCGGUAGGUGUCCACAAGUAUGAAGAUCUCCUAGUAUUCUAAACAUAAUAUUUAAAUUAAAUUGUAUCUCAACAUCUCGUUCCAUACGUUUUAUCAAGCUAAUUCAAGUGCUGUCGGUGGGCCUGAUGAACUGACAUUGCCGGCCUGUGGGCCAUUGUUUGGUGACCCCUACACUAAACUAAUGGCUUUGUUGAGAAUUUUUUUUUUUCAUAUACUGUGAUAUUUUCUUUAUUUUUUAGACUGCCUAGAGGAAAACAAUGAAAAGCUUAUUGAAUUCAGUAUAGGAGGAAUAUGUAACUGCUGUCUGGGUUAGUAAAAAAAUAUUUUUUUUUGGGAACUUUUGGGACAAACGCAAGGAGCUUUAACAAAAAGUUAGACUAAAUAAUCCUAUACAAGCAUGCAUGAACGAGAUUUAAUUUUUAAUCAAUGAAUUUUUAAAAACUGAAAUGUUUUAUCAUGUUUUUCCAACAUAUUUAACAUUUUUAGGGAAAUUACAGCAUUUUUGUGUACUUUGGUUUGCACCAAGUUGUUCCAGUAAAUCUGUUUUUUGCAUACUUUCUUUAGCAUUCAUAGAGAGCUUGUUUAAUUCAGGUUUGGAGGUGGUCUGGUGUGGACAUUGGGAUAGAACCCAAAAACUUCAAAAUACUUAACCUGCUUCUUACUUACUGACUUGUUAUUCCUCUAAAACAGUGAAUUGAAAUUUUGAUAAGUCUCUCAAAUAAUGUUUCCCUGUUAACUUAUAUUCACAGAUAAAGUACUCAAACAACACAUAAUAGAGUCAGGAGGAAUUGAGCUCAUUAUUAAAUGUUUGUCAAGGUUGUUAACACAUAAAAUAUAUUUCUCAAUAUUUUUAUGAUCACACUUGACUUGAACCAUUUAAAAACCUAAUUAGAUUUAUAAGUAGAAGUUUCUUUUUCUUUUAAGUUGUGGCAUAUAUAUCUGAUCACUUAAACAUUUAAAGAUAUUUAUAAAACAAUUAGAACAAUAAUUUUAAAAAUUGUAAUUUACAUAUCGCCAAAGUUAAAUUGAAUUAAACAGAGAAGGCAUAUUAUGAUAAAUUUUCAUGUCGAUUAAUUAUAAAUAAUUGCAUUAUUAUUCCCACAGGCCGCAAGAAAAUACAGUUAUGUCUGCAGUAACAACCCUAAUGUACCUAACAACACCACAGACAAAAUCAGGUUAGCCACGAAUACAUCAUACAUCGUCUUCAUCAUACAUGCCAAUCUGUACAGUUUACUUGUGCUUUUUAUGGUUUUUAAUUUUUUAUCAUGUGUGAAAGAUAUUGUACCGGUUUUUUUUGCACAGACAAAUCGGUCAAAAGGAAACUUAAAUCCUAUUGUCCGUUAAAAUGACCUUUGCCCUAAAGUUUGGAUCGGUUGGCCAAAAGAAUCAGACGAAUCUGAGCGAGGUUUGACCAGUAUCUAAGUAAUAUACUGGUAUCUUUUACUGGAAUCCUUAAAAUUGUAGCUACUCGAAGUAAUAAUAUCACAACAAUGAUAAGCUUUAGUCAUGACGACAUGACUAAAUUUAACAUAUUAACUCUUUCUAAAACUAAAGCGGUUGCUAUUUUCUUGGAUGUAAAAGUAAGCCUAUAUUUUAUUUAGAGUUGAUAUCAGUAAGAAUCGCCUCCUUUUUUAAUUUAUAAUUUACUCCAGCUGGAAACUUAAAAUUAAGUUGGUGAACCUCUAAUUUUUUUUUUAAAAAGAUGAAAAUUGGAAUUAGAGAUGAAUGGAGAAGUUUCCAAGUGAGUAUCCAACUGAAUACUCUGUGGAAUUAUCGAUGCUUCAUCCUUUUCAGGCUCUUAUGAAAUCAAAGAAGAGUUUAAAAGAGUAGCAUGAACAAAACUUGGAGGGAAGUUCUACCUCUUUUAGGCCAAUAUCAUUCUUUUUUCAUGUAGAUGAUCUAUGGGAUAAAGGUACAUGGGCAAUAGAUCGGAUAAAGGUACAUGGGCAGAGAUCUCAUUUGCAAAUUUCAUUGCAAUCACGUCAAAAUGAUUUUGUUUUGGCUUUCAAACAAAUCCAGAAAUAAUCUAGAAGGCAAAGUUUGAAUGCAUGCAAAACAUUGAUAAUUAAAUGAAAAAGUAAUAAAUGAAACUUUUUUUGGACUUUUCAUUUUUUCUGUAGUUUUUCAUGCUGUUGUAGUUUUUUAAAACUUUUGGUACAGUUUUUGUUUCCUCAGUUUCGCAUGUUGUCUUCUUAUAUGAAAUAAAACUUCCUUAUGUUUUUAGGAUAGACGAGUCAACAAAAAGCUUUCUCUAAUGAACAAAAGCAAGUGGAAAACAAAAUAAAUGAACUAAAAUAAUUUAUCUGAUGCUGUGAAGAGUUCAAGAAAAAUCUAUGAACCUAACCUUAUCACAGUCCCCCAUUAUUAUACUUAUUGGAAUACUGAGCUCAAUACUGACUACUCUUCAUACAAUUUUUUUUAGGCAUGAAACAUGAAAAAUAACCCGCUCAAUUUAUUUUUCCCAAUUAUGAACUUUUUUUCCCCUUUAUAAUACUGAUUUUUUUUUAUACCCAUUAUAGCUAUCACCAUACUACCAGUAGUCGAAUGCAUGCUCAGAUUUUCAGAGAGUAGCAACAAGCAACUGGCAAAUUUAGCACAGGUCUUUCUUCAGGUAAUGUAACCGUUCACUUUCAGUAGUAAUUGCUUAUCAGCUUUCCUUUUAGGUAGAAAUUAUUAUGAACUUUUUAAAUGAAACAUUACAGCAUUUUUAUUGUUAGAUUGUUUUCCACUUGGAAAUCUCAGUGUAUCAUGCUCACUCUGGAUAUUUCUUAGCUUCCAAUGUACUGAUGUUUUUCUUUGCUUCGUUGUUAAUUAUAUCCAAGAAUUUUAGCCAAGGGUUUACUACAUUAGCCUUAACCCCUUUCCCACCAUCACACUGUUCUAUUAUCACAAUGAGAUGAUGCUGCAGAUCACUAUUGUUUUGUAAGGGAACUGAAGAAAUUCAAAUGAUUCCAUUUCUAUGAGAUAUUUUCAACUUAUUGUCUACAACUUACAAUAGUGUUUGCCAACUUUUGAACCUCUGUAUUCCGUCCGCUUCCCUCUUAUUAUAAAAUCAGCUUUCUUUUUGUAUACCGGUAUAUAAGUCCUCUUUUUAAAAAAGUUUAUAUGGUUCCAAAGAUAUAUGCUGGCCCAUGUUGAGAAAUUCUUGUGUAUAAUUUAUCAACUCAAUUUAUUGCCUGGAACUCUCUAGAAAAUUAUCACAACGCCCGAAAAAUAAUAAAAAUUUCCAUGCAGCUUCAUGUACAAAAGAGGAUGCUUACCCCUGUUGGACGAUUAACAAAUUAAUUUUUUUAAAUAACCACAAAAACUUAGAAUAGAAAAAUUACUACAGACCAGCUAGAAUGGACUGCAAUACAAAAAUGGUCUCACUGAAGAUGUUUGUGGUUAUUUUUAUUUUAUGUUUUCAACUUUUGAAGUGGGUUUUAAGUUUUGGAGCUUAUCAUAUAUAAGAAGAAAUGUGAAGUGGGGCUUAAUAUAUCUUUUAAUUUCUUUUUCUAGGAUUACUGCAACUCUGAACAAAUAAAGGAAGCAAAAGAAGUUCAGAAAAACUUUAGGGAUAAAUUCAGGAAUGAGGAAACAUGAAUAUGAUGUUUCAGAAACAUAAAUUUAAUCCUUCACUGUGGAUGGCAAAAAAAAAAGUCACAACCCAUUGAUCACUUUGAAAUUAUAAAGCCAAGAAUUCUCCAUGGGAUUUGUAACUGGGUUUUCUAAUAAUUUUACCACUGCAAGUGCAAUGUGAUAUAUUGUGAAGUUCUAACUAAAUGAUUUAUUUGUUGCAUAGAAAACAAGGCCCAGGUUACAAAAAUAGAAUGUAUAAUAGUGCUUUUCAUUGUACUUUGUACUUACUUAUUAUUAAUUAAUAUAUAAAUCAAUAAAUAUUUUUCAAAUCUCACUUCAAUACAAAAGAAUUUUUUUUGUAAAUCAAAUUGUUUAUUUUGUAAAACAACAAAUGCAACAGAGUAAUAUAAUAUUAAAUAUUGCCUGAGUACUUAUAUUCAAAAAAUUAUGAUAAAUUAAGUAUUAAGAUCAUAACCUGAUUAUUGAAUAAUCCCAAUGCUCACAAUGCAACUAAUGUUGCCCUGUGAAAAUACAUUGGCAAACAUAAGAGAAGCAAAUUUUUGUUUUUAAAACUUACAAAUUCUGACUGAUAAACAAAAACUUUUUUUUUUCUAAGUUGUUUGUUCUCUAAGUUGUUUGUUAAUUUCUUAAGCCUUUUGAUUUUUUUUAAGAGAAUAAAAAGUUUGUUUUAAAGAAGUAUAUUAUUAUUAUGAUUUUAUAAUUUCACAUUAUGAAAAUUACGGUAAAUUUAAUAAUUUAUUUGAAUUAGUGCUUGACCCGGCCAACAAUAAUUGUUUUGUGGCAUUAGCUGUUUACAAAAAUUUUUAAGCAUGCAACCCUUUGCUCUCCAGAAAGGCAUCUUGUUUAGGUUCUCUUCCUAGAAAGUUUCUCAACAUAUCAGCUGCAUCCUAAUAAAAAAAUUAUAAAACAAGUUAAAUAAAAAGGUUUAUAAAAUUAUAUGUUUAAAAAAUCUUUUAAAAGCCCAUAUAACCAUCAAUCCCUGAAUAAAUGGUUAAUAUCAAUCCUGUUAGCACAAUUUUAGAUAUAACAAAUAACUUACAAUAGAGCCCCCUGGCUGAAGAAUGUAUUUUCUGUAAUCUUCGCCUACUUUUGGAUUCAUUAUGCCUUCUUUUUUGAAGCGGGAUACAAACAUGUCCAUACAGAAUACUUCACUCCACUGUGAAAUACAUUUUAUAUCAUUUUUAUUCAACAAUUUUAUAAACUAUUUUUCUGUUAACACAGAGGUGAUAAGUUUACAAAGUAAUGAAUACUGAUAUAUCUGAACUAUAUACAUGUAUAUGUGGAAUCAAAAUGGCGUAAUCACCAAGUAUCCAUAGUACUGUGCAUCAUAACCACCUCCUAGGUGACCAAAGGUUGCUGCCAUGUUGGUCCUAGGUGUUGCCUUGAUGCCCAGAAAUUCAGCACACGUUUCUGCAUAAAUUUGGGCAGUGUCCGCCUAGAAAAAAAUCAGCACAUUGUUUACAAUAAUAUCCUUUAACUAAAAACAGAAUUCAGGGAAAGAUUACUUCAAUCCUUAGAAAUAACUUUGGUUUAGCCAGCUAGAAAUUAAACAAAUUAUUAACAGUAUUUAAAAUUUGAACAUUGCAAUUUUAUGAAUGAAAAAUAAUGCUAUGAAUUACAUAAUGAACAAUAAAAGAACACCAACCUCAGAACGAGUAUGUAUCUUUUGGUCAAAUGUGCCUAGAGUUAUCUGCCUUAGAUUGAAAACUCCGGCAUUAGCUUGUCUACUAAGAGUAAGCUUCUCAAGCAAAUCAUCAGGUAUAGCAGCCCCAUCUUUGUAAUGGGAUGACAUACGUGUUAAUGGCUCUUUCUCCCAGACCCAGUUUUCUAACAUCUGAGAUGGUGCUUCAACAAAGUCUCGUUCCACAUGUGUGCCACUAAAUUAGAUUAACAGUAUUCAAAAUCAUUCAAAUUCAAUGAGUAUUAUUAGCUAUAAUUCAAUUAUUAGCUAUAAAAGUAAAACCUACACAUAUAAAAAUUCCCCCAUUUUUUUAAUACUGGUAGAAAAAAGUGCAAAGAAAUG